CACGAAUUCCGGACCGAUCGCGCGUGAUGAUUGCAGUUCCCAACCGGCAGCUUAGCCCAUAGCCGCCUUGUCGCCAGCCAUCCUCGCCGUCUCCGCCACCGUCCACCACCGUACUACGAUGCUCGCCGACCGCCCGCUGUCCUUGCUUCCGUCGUCCUCGUCGGCGUUUCCGCGCGACCAAGGCGCGUACGACCGAGCGACGUGCGAGAGCGCGAUCGAGAUUCGCCGGUCGUUUGCCUUUACCAAGUACUCGAUCCAGGUCACGUGCCCGAUCACGCAGCGCAGCUGGGUCGUUGAGAAGCGCUGCUCGUCGUUCUAUGGCUUCCGCGAGACGGUCGAAGCGUUCCUAGUAGCGUGCGACGACGCCUCGCUUUCACUUCUCGCCAAGACGUUGCUGCGCGGGUCGCUGCCCACCAAGCUCGUGCUCGACAAGUACGGCGCCUCUACGAUGCGCAAGCGCAGUCUGAUUUUGAAAAAGUACCUCUGGCUCGCGCUCGACUGCCGGUCGUUGUGCUACCUGUACCCAGCGACCGCGCGGAGCGACGCCCACGCCACGCUCAUGGCACUCCUCGACACGUUCCUCGAUGUGCCCGUGAGCCUCCGCGACAUUCGUUUCCAGCAAGCGACGACCGACCAAAUGCUCGAUACGUGCGCGAUUUGCACCUACGAGUACAGUCGUGAUGAGUUUGAUGAGCUCGGCAAGGUCGUGCAGCUCCCUUGCGGCCACUGCUUCCACCGCGACUGCGUCAACGAGUGGCUCUAUACGCACAAUACGUGCCCCAUGUGCCGUCAGACCACCGACAAGAUCACCGGUCUCCACGCAUAAACAUAGAGAACCACCCACUAGUUGUUAGAAUCUACAGAAGUAUAUCACUUUCAUUUAUCGAUCGAAAGCGUAGAAAAGACUACACACUUUC